UGGGCGGUCUCAGGUAGUCACCUUUUAUCUCAAGCUGCACCCCACAUUUCUCAUAGGAGAAAAAGUUUCCUUGUAGAGAACGCUGAAGAAAACAUGGGGAAGAUCGAGUGGGCUAUGUGGGCCAAUGAGCAGGCUCUAGCGGCUGGACUCAUUCUCCUUACAGGCGGCAUUGUGGGGGUGGCAGGACUCUUCAGAGGGUGGCAGUUUGCAGCCUAUGCUAUCGCUGCUGGCCUGUUUGUGUGUCUGCUGGAGUACCCAAGAAGCAGGAAGGCAAAAGGCACGGGUGUUGAACGAAAGGGCCAGUACUGUUUCACUGUGUGCGUGAAAGCCUUUGGGCCCCUGACAAGGAACUACUACGUCAGAGCCUUUCUUCAUGCUGCGCUUUGUGUUCCUGCUGGCUUUAUGCUGGCUACUGUCCUUGGCUGCGUCUGCCUGGCUAUCGCCAGCCUCAUCUACCUUUCAGCGGCCAUUCAUGGUGAACACUGGGAGCCCAUUCUCCCAAAGAAGCAAGUGAGGAGGCCGGCUCCAAGCAUUAAGAAUCCCCCUCAGAAUCCUCCACCAAGACCUCCACCAGAGAUGCGGAGGAAAAAUGUUGAUUACAUGGACGACGCUUCUUACGACAACCCCAUGACUGUCACUGAGUAGAAGUAACCUGACAUGUUUCUCCCUGUUUUGUGUUUUUUCCCCUCAAACAUUAUGCCAAAGUGUUGCUUAGUACAACAGUUGAUGGAAUAAAAAAAGUAUGUCACAAUACAUACAUUGCAGCUGCUAAGUGGCAAUCACAUACAAUGAAAAUACAUGUUUACGCCUGUGAUGAAGGUUUCUUGUUCCAGCUGCCAUAUCUAUUCACUGCCGCAAGUUGCUACUGCACUAAACUUAGCUUGAAAGCAUUGACAUUUUGUUUCUUUUGCCUGUGUCACACUGAUAGGCU